AGAUGUCUUACAAUUACUCAACUCCUACACCUUAACCAAAAUUUGCUCUCAAGUCUGUCUUCUCUUGGUUCACUCGAUGAAGCAGGGGAAAAGGCAUCAAAAGUCAUGAAAUCGAGCUCAGGCGGCGGUGAUGUGAGUGGGGGAUGUUAUCUGCAGCUGAGCAGCAGGAGGCUGGAGAAACCCUUGGUGGGUUUUGAAAAGAAAAGACAGAAACACCCUUUGAAGGAAUCGAAAAGACAGAAUCGGAGUUUGAGGGUGAGGGAGAUGAACGACAAUCUUGGAAUUAUGGGUCUGUUGAGGGUGAAGAGGAGAAGAAGGAAGAAGUUCAUGUACAGGAAAAUCAGAAGGAAAUUGACAACAAUGGCAGCUUUGAAGGUGAAAACGUGCUGGAAUUUGAUGGUACAGAGAGGAUUUGAAGAAGAAAGAUGAGUCCAACCAUGCAGGGGUUGCUAUUGAAGAGCAAUACAAAUGACAUUUACCUGAGAAAAUUACUAAAUAAUUAAGGAGUAUGCAUAAGAGCAAUUUCAAGUUUAUCACCCUUCUAUCAUUGAUGUAAGUUGUUCUACUUGGAGCAAGUCAUUAGGUGCCAUUAGCUAGAAGCUAAUGAAUUUUUAAAUUUCUCAACUACCAUAAAAAAAAAGCAAAAUCUUUCGGCUCAGGCCAUUUUGAGGCAUAUUUCAGAUCCUACAUUAACUACAUGUAAAAAAAUUACUACUCACUUGGCCUUAAGAUGAUAUAUAUUAUUGAUCAUGUUUCAUUUUUUUGUACCCAGUAAUCAAGAUGAUCAGUAAACUAGAUGAAAUGAGAAAAAUUAGCCCAAGUGUUCAGUAUAGUUUUAUAUAAUGAAGUACAAACUAAAGUUCUAAUCUUUAGCAGGACAAGAGAAAAAAUAUGUCCAUGAUAUCUUAAGAUUGCUUUCUAAUAUGAGUAGCCAAAGAGU